CCAAGAAUUCCAGUGGAAAAUCCGCUUGUCAUUUUGUCAAAGUUUUGUUUGUGGUGCAGAAUUGUUUAAGAUGCCGAUCGAAAACUUGGAAGAUCAGGGUUUGGAAAAGAACCCAGAUUUGGAAUUAGCCAACUGCAAAUUUUUAUUAACCUUAUCUGAAUACAGAACCGAUCGGAAUGUCCAUCAGAAAAUACUCGACGCAAUCAAAAAGGACGACAUGGCACCAUGGUACGAGUUGGUUUGCAAAGAUGCAGGCUGGAAAAUCGAUCAAGCUCUUCUUAAACAACUAAAAACCAAAAAUGAAGAACAAAUUAAAAAACUGGACGAAGCGAUAGAAGAUGCAGAAAAGAACUUGGGUGAAAUGGAAGUUCGGGAGGCUUAUUUAAGGAAGGCUGAGUACUACAGCAGAAUUGGCGAUAAAGAAAAUGCUAUCAACACUUUCAGGCAAACUUAUGAUAAAACUGUGUCUUUGGGUCACAGAUUGGAUAUUAUUUUUCAUCUAAUUAGAAUUGGAUUGUUCUUCAUGGAUCAUGACGUUAUUACCAGGAAUAUUGAUAAAGCUAAAACUUUGAUAGAAGAAGGAGGUGAUUGGGACAGAAGAAAUCGCCUUAAAGUCUACCAAGGUGCAUAUUGCAUGUCUGUGAGAGACUUUAAAACUGCAGCAACCUUGUUCCUGGAUACUGUCAGCACUUUUACAUCCUAUGAACUGAUGGAUUACAAAGCAUUUGUUAGAUAUACUGUCUAUACAUCAAUUAUUAGUUUGCCUAGAAAUCAACUCAGAGAUAAGGUUGUCAAAGGGUCUGAAAUUCUGGAGGUACUUCACUCAGAACCAUUUGUUAAAGAUUAUCUGUUUUCUUUAUAUAAUUGUCAGUAUGCUGAAUUUUUCACCAAUUUAGCUGAGGUUGAAACAAUUUUGAGAAGAGAUUACUUCCUCAACCCGCAUUACCGUUACUACAUCAGAGAAAUGCGUAUUUUAGCCUACACCCAACUGCUUGAAUCUUACAGAUCACUCACAUUACAAUAUAUGGCUGAAGCAUUCGGAGUGUCUGUAGAUUUCAUUGAUCACGAAUUAUCGACCUUUAUUGCGUCUGGCAGAUUGCAUUGUAAAAUCGAUCGCGUCGGCGGUAUCGUCGAGACGAACAGGCCAGAUUUGAAAAACGCCCAGUUCAAUUCCGUGGUUAAACAAGGCGAUCUCCUUUUGCAACGGGUGCAAAAGCUUUCUAGAGUUAUUAACAUAUAAAUCUUGUUUGAAUGUUUUAUACUAAAUGUGUGGUAAUUGAUCAAUAAACUAAUUGGAUUCCACAAA